AACAAUAAUAAUAAUAACAAUCACAACAACAACAACAGCAACAGCACAGCAAUAGCAGCAACAACAACAAUAAAAAUAAAAAAUAUAAAAUAAUAAUAAUAAUAAGUAAAUAAAUAAGGUAUGUUGCUUUCUUAUACGUGGUCUCGCUCACGAUUUAACGAUGAUUUUAACAUGCCAAAUAAGUUACGGGAACCUUGAAAAACACCACGGAGUCAGCACCUCAUGUCCGAGGGUUUUAGCGCUGCAAGAAUUUUGGGAUGCGGGGCCCAAUUCUUGAUUUAUAUCCAUCAAGCACGCGGAUCUGCACCCUUCCCCUCCGAUUGCCAAUUCUACCAAAAUAUUUACUCACUUUGCUGAAUAGAAAAGCAGUAGGGUAAACGUUUUAAAUAAAAUUCAAUUCAGUAGUCAGUUAAGUUAAUACAAUUGCCCAUAAUCGAUUACCUUGGGACAGCCCAUAAUGAUACUGCAUUGCCAUGAACACAAUGUUACUGAAAUACGGCAUGACAUUAUGUGACUCAUUUAGAUAGGCAAGAUAAUUAUAUGGGAUAUCAUGGGUAAAUGGUGAGAUGCGAUCUUAUAUUUGGCAUCUGUGAGGUUAUGCUAGAAUAUGAUAAUUUAAUCGUGCCGGACACACACGCCUUUAAGUCAGUAACAUCAUUUCACUUUUGUAAUAAGUAACCUUAAGCACCAGGCCGAAGAACGCAAUGUUCCUGUUUUGUAAGAUGCACUGAUGCGUGGUCUUUAAGACCAAUAUUUAUUUCAAUCCCAGGGAGACGAUUUUGUUUGCAAAGAGUUAAAAGGGCGGAAAAUUGAACGGAUCUGAAAGGGUUUCCAUGUCAAGCGCUCUAAUUCUCCAUAGAAACUCUGAUCUUAACGCGGAGACUUUAUUAAACCCUGAUGGUGGAUUGAUAAAGCAAAAUUUCUGUCGGUCUCGUUUUAUUGUGGAGACAGGGAAGGAUGACAGAGGUAGCGGACAAAUACAGCUGUGGCAGUUCCUGCUGGAACUCUUGUCCGACAGCUCCAACGUGACCUGUAUCGCGUGGGAAGGGACUCACGGAGAAUUCAAGCUCAUUGACCCCGACGAGGUGGCCAGGCGCUGGGGCGAACGGAAGAGUAAACCAAACAUGAACUACGACAAGCUAAGCCGCGCGCUUCGCUACUACUACGACAAGAACAUCAUGACUAAAGUCCAUGGAAAACGUUAUGCCUACAAGUUUGACUUCCACGGCCUUGCACAGGUGUGCCAACCUUCGCCUACAGAAAACACUCUGUAUAAUUACCAGAGUAAUUUCGCCCCCAUGCCGUUUUCUGGGAUUUCUAAACUCAACCUUGUGGCACCAGGUGUUGGUCCAUCCGGGUUCUCGUACUGGCACAGCUCCGCACCGACAUUUUACAACAGCCACAACCUACAGGCUCCAGGACCAUUUGGAGCCGUAUCUGCAGCGCGUUUCAAUUGUGUAAAUAAUAUCAACAAUGUAAACAAUAUAAAUAAUCAUUACAACUGAACGUUGGUAUCCUACCCAUCAACUACUGUAAGUAUUCUCAUUUUUACUUUAGAAUGUAGGACGACCCACUUAUAACUUGAAAAUCACGCAGUUAAACACGGCGUCAUUAACGCUGCAGACCAGUGGUAACCAACCCAGUUCCUGGAGACCUACCUUCCUGUUGGUUGUCAUUUCAACUGUAAUUUGGCACACCCGAUUCUACUAACUAGCGGCUCAAUAAGAUCUCUAGCUGUUGAAUGAAACACGCUUUGUUAGGGUUGGAGUGAACAUCUACAGGCUGGUCGAUCUCUAGGAGCAGGGUUGGUUACCACUGCUGUAGACGAAUACUACAAAUCUAAUACAAAAACACGCGCUGCGCCAUCUGCUGGUGGAAUCAAAUCAACGGCAGUAUUUCUGUUUUAGGCUUGUCGAGGGAAUAUUUCAGUUAAAUGUUUGAGAUAAAAAUAAAAAUAGUUUCAAUAAUUUGAAGGAAUUUAUUGUUUGAACUUGAAUUUAACAGCGCCAUGCUUAUGUAUGUUUUGUAUGUAUACACACUGUUUUUCUGUCAGAGCGAUUGGAAAUUCUGUGUUCAAAAAUUAAUUUUAAAGUCCCUGCGAAAAAUAUGGCGUCGACAAAUGUUUAAAAAAGUUUAAAAUACAAUAUAUUGCCUGUGUCAAUAUAUUCAAUUUUAUAUAUAAAUGUAGGCCAAUAUAUAGCCAAUAUUAUAGGUGGGAUUUUAUAACUGUCAUUUGUACUGUAUGGAGGAUAAUAAUACACAUUAAAAUGCCUAGUGUUAAUUCUACUCUAACAGAAUACAAAUAAGUCCAAUUGAUUUAACAAUGAGCAUUUUACUUUGUAAUUUAUACACGUGACAUUAUUUAACUGGAAAACAAUGCACUUGUCUCAAGACAUGUAUAUUCUGGCAUCAUCAUAGACAAAUAGGAUUUUCUUAAACAUUCAAUAUAAUCAAAAAUAUAAUUAUUACUACUACUACCACUAUCACUACUACUACUACUGCUUCUACUACUACUACUAAUGACAAUAGUAAUAAUUAUAAAGACGUAUUUGUAUAAAUUAGAUACUUCACAUAUGACUGUUUUUGUUUCUUAAUAAUGCCAGUAGUUUGUUUGCAAUGAGUCUAACGUUUGUGUUAUUGUGUGUGUAGCUAAUAAUUAAAUGUUUGCUUUCACAAUGCAUGUGUUACUGUUUUUUAGCUGUACAGGGUACAUUAUACUUCAUGCUGCAUUACAUAAGCUUACCCAUGUCACAACGAAACUUUGAAAUUUAUACAGGCCAACCUGGGCCCUUACUUGUGUUCACCAUUACAUAUUUAGAUUUUUAUGAAUUAAAAAAAGAUGAUGUUUUCCAUUUUACACUCAACAUCUAAUCUGUCCUUUAACAAUACAUUCUUGUUUGAAAAUGAUCGUGAAUACAUGGUUGAACUUGUCAUUAAUCGUUUUAUAAAUCGUUAUACCCAGAACUUCAAAUUUCACUGAGGAAUUGAAAAGGGUUUUUUGCCUCACGGGGGCGCUGGUUCUUUAAAAAAGACUUAUAUUCCUCCUAAACCACGAAAUGCUUGAUCACUUUGCAAUCUGCAUCACAAAGAGUCGAUUUUUCCAGCGCGAACCAUUAGUAUCUUCAUCAUUAAUAGGUUUCCUAUCACUUCCGGUUGUAAUGAGUGGUUUAUCCACCUCUUCUGAAGAUGUACCUGCAAAUAUAUUAUCAUUGCUGCACCACAACAGUCAUAUAUAUAUUAUACUGUAUAUACAUACAUAUAUGUAUUGCUUAUUGCUGAAAAAUACAGGCCUCAAAAUUAUACACAAGGAUUAACAUUGCAAUAUCUAAAUAUAAAUCAUUACAUUAGCUUAAUUCCAAAAUGAUUUUUUUUAAAUAAGCGAAAUGAGCAAAGUCCUAUCUCCCAUGUGGAAGUUUUGGAAGGUGCUUGAGAAAUGUGUGAAAAGACUGAGAGAUGUGAGCGGGGAGAGCCAGGCAUGGUCCGCCUGGCUAAUUCGGUGUCAGAGGGGAAGAAUGCGGCCUGCAUGGUCUUGCAUUUUGAGGAGGCUGAUAAGAACACAGCAGAGUGUGUGACCUGCAUCUCAAUCGGGCCUUCGGGGACUCCUUCACCAAGACACUGGAUGCAUUUCAAAUUCACCCCCCACCCCCCCCCACCCCACACACACACACACACACACACACACAUACAUAGCCGCAACGGCCAGCCUAGCCUCAACCAGCUAUUCAGCUCUGCAGGAGCAGAGGCUCCAUGCUACUGCCAGAGGCCCCAUAUUCUGCCAAACACAUGCAAUACGACCGUAUCUUCAUUUGGAAGGACUGCAUUUCUGGAGCAUAUCAUGGAAUAUAUUGACCAAGAAACUGACUCAUUAGCGUAUUUGAGUAGUUUAACGUAUGCAGUCUAUUUCAUUCAUGUAAAACUUACAGAGUAUGCAUUCAUUAGCCCCUCUUUUGCCUAUUUUGAGUGUCACGUUGUAUGUCUAAUGGGAAAACAGGCCAUUUGUUAAACUCAACAAAAUCCAGUAAUGUCCUGGGUGAAAAUGAAAAUACUGAAUGAAAUAACCAUGUCUAGGGUGAAAAUAAAACCUUAUCUGUCUUGGCGAGUAAGAUCUGUGUAUAUUGUUGAGUUUAAUUAUAAUUCUUAAUCUUAUUUAAAAAAGGAGAAAAAGAAGCAGAAUUCAGACAGAAUUCUCGCCCCGCCUGUUCAUUUAUCUCUCAGUGAUGUGUGGCAGAGACAGGUACUCUCCAUCCUGCGAUCAGUGAUAGGACUGAUCUAGUUUGUUGAGCGCUCGGCUGGCUGCCAUGGCAACACUUUUCCGACAGAAGGGACAAGCUGAGAUUGGAUGCAGCGAAACACACUGGGUGAUAGUAGUCAAUAAUUAUCACUAAAACAAACAAACAAACAAACAAGCAAAUAAAUAGACUGCAUGAUUUUUAUUGAAUUGAUUGCUUCCAAUGGCUUCUGAGGAUGAAUGAAUGAAUGGAUUCCCUUUGAAAAACGCUAGAUGCAAAUAUCACAACAAAUAAAACCAAAGCUUAUUAAGCAGGAUGUGAGAUAUCACACUGCGCAGAAUGUAAUGCAUCUUUCAGCUUUCCGUGCAAACAAAUGACACAUCUGCCAUGAGGGAAAAAUAUGGGUUUUUUUCUUCCCAAGUUCCAAGAAAAGCGUCAGCCUGUGAUUAUAUUUUUUCUUAAUUAGGACUGUUCUGUUGCAAAACCCACUGCAGAUGUCAAAGAUUCUGUUGAGGCACACCCAAUUCCUCCAUUUCUUUAUUUGCAGAAAUUGUACAAACUAAAAUAGCUCAGUUCAAAUCUGACCUUCAGUGAUUUUCUUUAAAGGAGUGGAAAAGAUGAAAAAAGGGAAAAUGUGAAAACACAUUUUUAGAUUAUACUGAAAUGGUGUUUUUCAACAUUUGCCCACACACCCAGAAAAAAGGUACAAAAAGUGCCUAAAAAGGUACAAAUGCUUGUCACUAAGGUGGUACCUUAUAGGUACAUGAAAUUAUAACCCUAGCCAACAAUAAAUAAUUCAUUUGUAACUUUUUUUGCUUGUCAAAAUAACUUCAAUAAUACCCGAAUAGAACAUUAGUGUACUUUCAGGGUACAUUCAGUUAAUUUUUUAUACGAUAGAGGGAAAUGAAAAGUGUAAGGCAACAUUAAAUCUGAAUUAAAUUUGUACAAAAGACAGUUUCACUCUCAUUUGACCCACAAAAUGUAUGAUUAUUGAUGGAAGUAACUGUAUAUGGCCAGCCAUGCUGCUCGAGAACUGUGUCGGAUCACGUUGUAUUUCUCACAUGGACAGUAAGAAUAACAGAAUAACUGCCUUUGACAAUUGGGGAAAUGUGAGGAAAGAGGAGAGAAGGAACUAAAAUAAUUAUGAACCAGAUGAAACAGAAUAAUCUGUGACUGAGCACAGCUCACUGUAGCCUAUCUAGCAGUCUAUAAGGGAUUUUAUGUUAUGAAACAUGUUCACAAAGUUUGUUGCAAAGUGGUUCUCAUAUUGAAGGAAAGAGCAAUUAAGAAAUGAACAAACUAAGAUAUUUAUCAGAAAAUGUUGUGAUUAUAAUAACAAGAACACAAUAAUAUUUAUCCUUUUCAGUGAUUUAGUUAGCUAUUUCAAUGAGUUAUUUUUAGUCAUAUUAUUUAUCAAUAUCAUGAGUCACACAGCCGAAGUUUCACUGACUUGCCUGAGGACAUGUGUGGACAUACGUGUGUUUAUGUGUAUGUCCAUAGAACAUGUCUGUUUGUCAGUCCUGGUUACACAUGCCUAUACACAGGGUUGAUUAGCAC